AUGGCCCCUAUCGAUUUGAAACAAGAACAACAAGCGUUCGACGCUGAAGUCGCUGCCGUCAAGAAGUGGUGGUCUGAGCCCCGCUGGGCUCAGACGAAGCGUGUGUACACCGCUGAAGAGAUUGUCAAGAAGCGCGGUACUCUUGCUACUGAGUUCACCUCCAGCAUUCAAGCCAAGAAACUCUUUGGUCUUCUCACCGAGCACGACAAGAACAAGACUGCCUCGUUCACUUAUGGCGCUCUCGACCCUGUUCAGGUUACCCAGAUGGCGAAGUAUUUAGAUACGGUCUAUGUCUCUGGAUGGCAAUCUUCUUCCACUGCUUCUACCUCCAACGAACCUUCACCUGACUUGGCUGAUUACCCUAUGGACACCGUCCCCAACAAGGUUGAGCAUUUGUGGUUCGCUCAGCUUUUCCACGACCGCAAGCAACGCAAUGAGCGUAUGUCUGUACCCAUGUCUGAGCGCGCCAAGCUGGAGUACGUUGAUUAUCUCCGCCCCAUUGUGGCCGAUGCCGACACUGGCCACGGUGGAUUAACUGCCACUUUCAAGUUAACUAAGAUGUUCAUCGAGCGCGGCGCUGCUGGUAUCCAUGUCGAGGAUCAAGCCCCCGGCACUAAGAAGUGCGGCCACAUGGCUGGUAAGGUUUUGGUUCCCGUUCAGGAGCACAUUAACCGUCUUGUUGCCAUCCGUGCUUGCGCUGACGUUUUUGGCUCUGAUUUGCUCGCAGUUGCUCGUACCGAUUCUGAAGCCGCUACUCUGCUCACUUCCACCAUUGAUUACCGUGAUCACUUCUUCAUCGUUGGUGCUACCAACCCUGAUGUUCGUCCUUUGAUCGACGUCAUGGUUGAGGCCGAGAGCCAGGGCUACACUGGUGAUAAGCUCGCUAAGGUUGAGGCUGAUUGGGUGAACUCCGCAGGUCUCAAGCUCUUCAACGAGGCUGUUAUCGAUGAGAUCAAGAAGGGCAGCUACUCCAACAAGGACGCCCUGAUCAAGGAGUUCUCUUCUAAGGUUGGCCCUUUGACCAACACACCCAAUGCCGCCGCCCGUCAGCUUGCGAAGCAGCUGCUCGGCAAGGACAUCUAUUUUGACUGGGAGAAGCCCCGUGUCCGCGAGGGCUACUACCGCUAUCAGGGUGGUACCCAGUGCGCUGUCAACCGUGCACGUGCUUACGCUCCUUACGCAGACUUGAUCUGGAUGGAGUCUAAGCUCCCUGAUUACUCUCAAGCCAAGGAGUUCGCCGAUGGUGUUAAGGCUGCUUUCCCCAAGAAGUGGCUCGCUUACAACCUCUCCCCAUCGUUCAACUGGACCACCGCCAUGUCUCCUGAUGAGCAGCGCACCUACAUCCAGCGUCUGGGUAAGCUUGGCUAUGUUUGGCAAUUCAUCACCCUUGCUGGUUUGCACACUAACGCUUUGGCUUCUGCCUCUUUCGCCAAGGGCUUCUCUGAGCGCGGUAUGCAUGCUUAUGGCCAGGACGUCCAAAGCCAGGAGCUCAAGCUCAAUGUCGAUGUUGUCAAGCAUCAGAAAUGGUCUGGAGCUGAGUAUAUUGAUGAUAUCCUCAAGACUCUUACCGGCGGCGUCACCUCAACCGCAGCAUUGGGUGCAGGUAACACUGAGACACAGUUUGGCCCGAAGGGUGGCAAGCUUUAA